AUGCCUCACCUGGCUGCCAAGUUGAUGCUCCUCAUCGUCGCAUCCUUCCGCUUCUUCCUCUACUCGCAGGCCGCAACGCAGCAGCUUCAACGAGCCAGCAGUGCCAAUGAUACCGCAGGCUGCGUGCCACGCGAGCAGGAUGCCCUCCUGGCGUUCAAGCAAGGCAUCACCAACGACAGCAGCAACCUCCUCGCCUCGUGGCGGCGAGACCAGGAUUGCUGCGGAUGGACCGGCGUCACCUGUAACAACCAAACAGGCCAUGUUGUCGAGCUUGAUCUCAACAGCUUCCUUUUGGUUGGGCAGAUAAGUUCGUCCUUGCUUUCUUUGGGUUAUUUGGAGCACCUCGACCUUGGCACAAAUUUCCUUCAGGGGCCCAACGCUAGUGUGUUCCCGGAAUUCUUGUGUUCUAUGAACAGCUUGAGACAUCUUGACCUCUCCUACAUUCCUUUCUCGGGUAGAGUGCCUCCCCUGCUCAGCAACCUUUCCAACUUGGAAUACCUCGACCUGUCCUUUACAUCGUUCUUCGGUAGAAUCCCUCAUCAGCUCGGGAACCUUACAUCAUUGCGACAUCUUGACCUCAGUUGGAUGUAUAAUAGUACAUACUCAACAGAUGUCUCAUGGCUAAGUCGCCUACAUAUGUUGGAGUAUGUUGACAUGAGCAACAUAACUCUCAGCACAGUAACUGAUUUUCCUGAUGUGGCCAACAUGAUUCCAACUCUGAAGCACAUCAUUUUAAUGAAUUGUUCACUUCCAAGUGCAAAUCAGUCGAUCGCAAACCUAAACCUGACCAAACUUGAGGAGCUUGUCCUCAGCCGGAACUACUUCGGCCAUCCAAUCUCAUCAUGCUGGUUUUGGAAUGUUACAAGCAUUAAGUCACUCUCCCUAGAUGAAACAUAUCUGUAUGGUUCCUUCCCUGAUGCACUAGGAAGAAUGUUUUCGCUCCAACACCUAGAUUUUUCUUACAAUGGAAAUGCAGCCACAAUGACAGUGGACCUAAAAAAUCUCUGCCAACUGGAAUCUCUAUACCUCGCCAGGAGUCUAUCAUCUGGUAACAUAACAGAGUUUCUAGAGAAGUCACCAAAGUGUUCUGCUAGCAAAUUGUAUGCCUUGAGUUUGCCAAGCAAUAAUAUGACAGGAAUGCUUCCAAACACUAUGGACGGCAUGACCAGCUUAAAUGGCCUUAUCCUUACUAACAACAGUAUUAGUGGUUCAAUACCACUCGGUAUUCGGAAUUGUACUAGUUUGGAAUACCUCCAUUUGAGUUCCAAUCAAUUCAGUGGGCAGAUACCAUUACUGCCGAGAAGCCUCAGGGUAUUGGAAGUCACCAGAAACAUCUUUUCCGGGAAUUUGCCACUGGAAUUUGGAGCUCCAAAUCUUGAAAGAUUAAUUCUAUCCUUCAAUUACAUUAGCGGUCAAGUUCCUGGAUCUAUUUGUAGGUCACGAAACAUGAAAUUCUUGGAUUUAUCACACAAUCUUUUCAAGGGAGAACUACCUCACUGUUCUGAUAUGCCAAACUUAAGUUUCCUGCUCGUAAGUAACAACAGCUUCUGUGGAAAGUUCCCUGCAUGGCUCCAAAGCCUCUCAUCCCUGGUUUUCCUAGACCUUUCCUGGAACAGGUUUAAUGGGCCACUACCAAGGUGGAUUGGACAUUUGGUGAGCUUACGUAUUUUACUCCUAAGCCAUAACAUGUUCGAUGGAGAGAUUCCAGUCAAUAUCACAGAUCUUAAAGGACUGCAAUACCUGAACUUAGCAGCCAACAAUAUGUCCGGGCCAAUUCCAAAAACUUUGUCAAACCUAAUUGGAAUGACUAUAAAACAUAGGCCUGGACCUAAUGAUGAUUCAGACACAUCCUUGGCAUUUGAUGAGUCUCAAGAUACAUUUUCCCUGGUGACGAAGCAUGAAGUGCUCAAGUAUGGAGCACAUGGGCUAGUUGAUGUGGCUGGAAUUGAUUUGUCAUUGAACCACUUAGCAGGAGGAAUUCCAGAUGAAAUAGCCUCUCUUAGUUUGCUGACGAAUAUAAAUUUGUCAUCGAAUCACUUAAGAGGAAAAAUCCCAAAGAAUAUUGGAUCUAUGAAAUCGUUGGAAUCACUUGACGUCUCAAAGAACAACCUCUCUGGUGAAAUCCCACCAAGCCUCUCAGAUUUAACAUAUCUAAGUUACCUGGAUGUUUCGUAUAACAAUCUUACUGGAACUAUCCCAUCUGGUCGUCAACUUGACACCCUUUACACUGAAAAUCCUUCUAUGUACUACGGAAACAGCGGUCUUUGCGGUCCUCCUCUGCAGAGGAAUUGUUCAGGGAAUGGCACACCAGAGCAUGGGCAUGGCAAUAAUCAGCAAGAAAGUGAAAAAGAUUCCGAUUCAGCGUUCUUUUACUAUGGACUUGGGUCAGGGUUUGAGAUGGUCUUAUUGGUUCUGUUCUGUGUUCUAUUAUUCAAGAAGUCAUGGAGAAUUGCUUAUUUCCUUCUUGUUGAUUUGGUGUACGACAAAGCAUUCGUCUUUCUGGUUGUCACAUGGAGUAGGCUAGCAAGGAGGAACACCAGUAGGAAUUAA